CGGUUGUUCGCUUAACACCAUGAGACUAGCUACUCUGAUUCGGUUCUAAGUUGUAAAAAAAAGUGUUAUAGAAAGGAAACACCACAUAGGAUGGUUUGAAAAAGAGCAAAAGUUCACCUUCCUGCGUCUUGCACUGACAGCUGAGCUUGUAUAGAUGUGAAGCACCGCAGUUUAUCAUGUCAAAGCUAUCACUGGGAGGAAAAGGACCCCCCAGCAAACUGAACCGCUGGGUGGAGCCGUCGUUUGGGGGCCUGUGUGGGGGCCUCCCCGCCCCCCCAGGCAGCAGCAGAGCAGAGUCAGGGCGGAGCGUGAAGGGCAGAGCACCCACCUCUGACCCCACAGGCAGCAAACGUCCCCGGAAGAGGAAAGUGGACCCUGUCCGCUCGGACCUCCAGACUCCAGACCCCUCCUCCAGAGACGUGGCCCCCAGGAACCAGGAGGAACCCUGGGUGGACACCCACUUCCCCAGCUCACAGACUGAACUCGUGGUCCACAAAAAGAAAAUUGAAGAGGUGGAGAACUGGAUAAAAGCCCAUGUUGAUCCUAAGAGUUUCAAGGGUGGCGCUAUCCUGCUGCUGAGCGGGUCGUCGGGCUGUGGUAAAAGCACCACGGUGCGGGUGCUGGCCCAGGAGCUGGGAGUCAGCCUGCAGGAGUGGACCAACCCCCCCAGCCUGGCCCUGCACCACCCCGACGGCCACAAGCUCACCUUCGACCCACACUCCAGGUUCAGUGGUUUCCAUGGCAGCUCCCAGACAGGCCUGUUCCAGGAGUUCCUCCUACGAGCUGACAAGUACAGCCGUCUGCAGAUGAACGGGGAGGCGGGGCCCACAGACAGGAAGCUUAUACUUGUGGAGGACUUCCCCAACCAGUUCUACCGCCAACCGGCAUGCCUGCACGAAGUUCUGAAGAGGUUUGUGAGGACAGGCAGGACAGCCCUGGUCUUCAUCGUGUCGGACAGUCUGAGUGGAGACGGCAGCUCACGACUUCUCUUCCCCAAAGAUCUUCUGGAGGAGCUGUCCAUCUGCAGCAUUAGUUUCAACCCUGUGGCUCCCACCAGCAUGAUGAAAGUCCUGACUCGCAUUGUAACCCUGGAGGCAGCAAAGAGCGGAGGCAGGGUGUCUGUCCCAGACAGGGCAGACCUGGAGCUGCUCUGCUCAGGAAGCUCUGGGGACGUCCGCAGUGCCAUCAACAGCCUGCAGUUCUCCUCUCUCACAGACCAGCCCCAGGAGACAGGCCCAUGGGCAGGGCAGAAGGGCAGGUCAGUGACCUCGCGGGGGAGAGCCGUUUCCACAGCAAUACGGGGUAAGAGGAGGGACAGCGAGAUGCAGGACCAGACCAUUGGGGGGAAGGACGCCUCCCUGUUCCUCUUCAGAGCGCUGGGGAAGAUCCUCUACUGCAAGAGAGAGAGCUGGGAAGGUUCAGAAGCAUCGCUUCAACCCUGCCUGCCGCCUCACCUGGCAGAGCAUCACAGAGACAGGCUACUGGUGGACCCUGAGGGGGUGCUGGAACGCUGCCACAUGUCUGGGGAGCUCUUUAACCUGUACCUGCACCAGAACUACCUGGACUUCUUCUCUGAGGUGGAGGAUGUAGCUCGGGCCAGUGACUACCUGUCCCACGCUGACUUCCUGACUGCUGAGUGGAGCUCCCGGAGCACCCUGGGGGCGUAUGCCUCGUCUGUGGCCACCAGGGGGCUCCUGCACACCAACAACGCCCAUGUCUCUGCACGCUUCAGACCACUGCACAAACCCCACUGGCUGCAGGUCAACAAGAAGCACCAGGAGAACUGCUUGGCUGCCCAGUCUCUCUUCAUCAGCUUCUGCAUGACUCCUGUCAGCCUGCAGACAGAACUGCUGCCUCACCUGGCCCUACUCAGCACUCCCCUUAGGAACCCGGCUCAGAUCUCCUUCCUGGAGGAUGUGGGACGCCUCCCCCUCCGCAGGGGGUCUGGAAGGCUGCGUCUGGAGGCGCUGACAGACAGAGACCCCGGGGAACUGCAGCUGGACAGCGAUGAGGAGGGCCCAGUUUCCUCCACAGUCAACCCACCCUUGAGUAGUGUUCUUGAGGGAGCAGGAGAGCAGGAUGAGCCCUCCAUGGAGGUCCUGCUGCCAGACAGCCAGCCUCAGCCCUCGACCUCAGGAGCCCUGCUGGAGGAUGACCUGCUCAUAGAGGAGUAUGACAGUGAUUGACAGGGCUCGUAGUCCAAUCACGGGGCUCAGAGCGGAAUAUGCAUGGGACUGGCAGAACCCAUGCUCCAAUCACAAAGCCUAAAAGACUUAUUGCAAAGUCACGCCCACAUUGCCUUAUUUCCUCAUUCACUCAACGACUUGACUGACUUGGAGUACACAACACAAGGGUGUUUUGGCUCAUUUAGUCUGUUAUUAUGUGUUUGCCAUGGCAACUGCCUGUGUAUUUAUUGGUGUUCAGUCCUUUCUUCCAGGGGGAUUUAAGCUGAACAACUCGAUGUUAUGUGACCUGGCUUAUGUGACUUGAAUAUAAGUGGAAUUUAAACCAACUCACAUAUUGAACUGAUGAAGACACUGAAACAUUUUGGCAUUUUUAUAUUUGAAAUUUGUUUUGCAGUCAAGUGUUUAAUGUUUUACAGGAAUAUUUGUCUUCAGUUUAUAUUUAAAACCGGUUAGAAGUUGAGCCAUUUUCAAUUCUCCCUCUGUCAGCUGUGUAGUAUUGUUUAUGGCAUACAUGGUUAACAGUGGAGAUGUUUAAAAAGCAUUUUUUGUAAACAAUAUUAGUCUUCCAUAAAAAGUGACAAAUAAAUAUUUUGUU